AAUUUCAAGUGGGGAGAACUUAUAACCUAGAACCGGAUUUUCCAAACUUUCAUGGUAUAAGAGUACGAUUGCGUUUCACAUUUCAAAAUAUCGCGAGUGCUCAAUGGUUUUCAUAAUGAGAAAAUACCUGGAGCUGUUUUUUCUAUGGUCAUCAUUACUAGUUGCUGUAAAUGCGGCUUGUUCAUCGAACCAAGAGUGUAUCCUAAUUAACAACUGUCCACAUUUGUAUAAUUUACUACUGCAGGACAAGUUAUCGGAGCAAGAUGUCCAAAUUUUGCAAAAGUCUCAGUGUGGUUACGACAAAAAAGCAAAUAAACCGACCGUUUGUUGCCAAAGAAAACCAGACGCAGUACCCGCAGAUACCAGUCUUUUACCAGGCACCGAUGUAUGCGGACAAGAUCCAAGCAAAAGAAUUGUUGGAGGACAGUUAACUGAACUUCGUCAAUUUCCAUGGCUAGUGCUUUUGGAGUAUGACAAACCAACCGGGCGCGGAUUCCAUUGUGGAGGGUCUCUAAUAAAUAAAAACUAUGUACUUACUGCUGCACAUUGCAUUGUAAACAUUCCAAGAUCAUGGCGAUUAGUAAGUGUGCGCCUUGGUGAGCACCAAUUAGACGCUGAUCCAGACUGCGAGGACGGCGACAGACCAGGUUUUGAGGAUUGUGCAGAUUCGCCCAUAGAUAUACCAGUAAGUGAAGUAACACUUCAUCAGCAAUAUGCUAGACGUGAAAUAGCAAAACCGAAUGACAUAGCCUUAGUUCGGCUAAGUACUCCCGUUACGUACUCCAAGUCAAUUUCUCCAAUUUGCCUGCCAACGAAACCAGAAUUUUUAAAUAAUCGCUUCAAUGGGGCAGUUAUGACGGUUGCUGGUUGGGGAAGAACCGAAAACAGUACACAAAGUAACACAAAGCUAAAGCUAGACGUACCAAUUACUCAAGAUGCCGAAUGCCGGCAAAUUUAUGAAAGAAACGGCGCCACUCUCACUGACAAGCAAAUUUGCGCCGGCGGUCGAAAGGGGCAAGAUUCUUGUUCUGGGGAUAGCGGCGGACCCCUCAUGUAUCUUGAAAGACAACCUGAUUAUAUUUGGUAUCUUUUUGGUAUUGUGUCUUUUGGUCCAACUAGAUGUGGAACGGCAGCCUUCCCAGGAAUCUACACGUUUGUGCCAAAGUAUCUAUCCUGGAUUGUAGAAAAUAUGAAAUCGUAACAUAUACAUCUUUUUAAUUUGUUUAAUCAUAUAAUUUAAAAUAUAACAAGCCAUUAAAUAAACAGCGAACCAAUCCAA